UUCAAAAUUUUUGUUUCGGCCCUCUUGUUUGGAGAAGUUUUUUAUAUUUUUUGAUAUUUUGAAAACAUCUAUUUUAUAAGUCCUGAGUAUUGUUUAGCCACGUUUUGAAAGCCCUAAAAAACUGGAAACUAUAUUCAAAACCACUUUCAGGCCAAGCUUGAAUUUUAGUUCCACAAACGGGUGCGAUGGCUGCUAGGGUGCAAAAGAUCGCCACAGUGUUGCAGUCGCUACGUGUGUUUAGUAGAAAUUACACUCCUGUUGCAUCUAAAGAAACAACAGAGACUGAAACAACUGAUAAUGACGUGGGCACUGCAUCGGAAGGCACAAAGAAACCUAUUAGCGAAAUGACAUCCAGUGAGUUAAAUACAGAAACUGAAGGCACUACUCCUGGAACCCAUGAAACAGAAAUCGUGAUAGAAAACGAAAUAAUCGAAUUAGGGGAACCAGAAAUUGAAGUGCAAUCAAAAACAGUGGAGCAUCUAAACCUUGAACCAGAGCAAUUACAAAUUACACCAACGCAGCCAAAAGUGAAAACAGGACAGCCGCAAAUUGAUACCCAAGUCUGCGUUCAAGAUUCACCAGAAAGCCAAUCUGCCAAUACGUCAAGUCCUGAAAAAAUGAGCACUUCUGGUUACCAAUAUUUCAACGAAAGAUAUUCUUAUCUAAAAAACAAGAGAAAUAAAUCAGAACGCCAAACAAAUGAGUUUAAAGAAAUGUGUUCUCCCAGCAACUGCACAUUUAGUUCGUUUAUAAAAAAGAAAUGGUUUUAAAACAGAUGGCUUGCUGUGAAGAAGCGACUUGGGGGUAAGAGUAUCUAUUUAGAAGAGCUAUGGUAUCGACGUAUGUUCCAACAAAUGCAAAAGAGCAAGUUGGAACAUCAGCUGUGUACGGAUAUAAGGCAGAGAUCUGGUCGACAUAUCAUGACUUGUGUACUAUCAGUUUUUCUUUACUGAGUAAUGUAGUAUUUAUUAUGUAAGAGUGAAGAACUUCGGCUAAGUUGAAUGCUAAGAUCGUUCUUAGUUUGUGCAGUGUUCCUCAUGUCGAAUCAUUUUUUGUCGAAUGUUUGUGUAUCAGUUAAGAAAACGGCAGAGGAACUGCUUCCUGUUGUAGUACCAUGAUUUUUAUUGAAGCUUAAUUGAUGCAAUGGGACUAAUUUCUCCUGGGUAAGAAUAUAAAUCCUUUAAUUAUUGUGUGCUGGUCACCAACGCCGUACGGAAAAUCAAUAAACAAAACUAUCUAAUAUUCAUUUUGAGGCAAACAUUCUUCUUGCUCAUAAAUGUAACUGAAGCAAGUACUGAGGUUAAGUUAAAGUUACUCUCCAAACAACAAAAUUUCAAAGACAAAUAAUAAAAAAUGUUUUCAAAC